AUGAAGAACUACACAUCCUUUUUGGAAUUCUAUAUUGUGCCGUUUUCCUCUAAUGUGGAGGAUGACAUGUUACUUUCAAGUCUUUUUGUCUUAACAUAUGUGACCGGGGUUCUCAUAAACUCUGCCAUCAUAAUAGUCAUUUAUAAAAAUGAUCGCUUACAUAGUCCCAUGUACUUGUUCCUCUGUAAUCUCUCUGUUGUGGACAUGUGUUACACAACAGUCAUCAUUCCCAAACUUCUCUACAUACUGAUUUCAGGGAAUAAUGCUGUAUCCUUCACCCAGUGCUUUCUCCAGAUGUACUUCUUCUUCUGGAUAGGCAGCACAGAAGACCUUCUGUUAUUCACUAUGGCCUAUGACCGAUAUGUCGCCAUUUGUGACCCAUUGCAUUACCACUUCAUCCUAAGUAUGAAAAUCUGUUUCCUACUCAUUGCUUUUAUUUGGGUUUCCGGGUGUCUAAAUUCGGUUUUGAUUUCAAUAUCUGUCUCAAAAAUGUCCUUCUGCCAUUCCACAAUUAAUCACUUCUUCUGUGACUCCAAAGCGCUGACCAAGAUCUCCUGUGGGGGCACGGAGCUAUUUUACAAUGUCAUGUAUGUCGAAUUAGUGGUAUUUGGAUUGGUGCCAUUUGUGUGCACUUUGGCAUCCUAUCUGAAAAUAAUCAGGGUUAUCCUAGCCAUUAAAUCAUCUGACGGAAGGACAAAGACCUUCUCCACUUGCUCAUCCCACCUCAUUGUGCUCUUUAUCUAUUAUGUUACAAUUGCUGCUGUGGUCAUGAUGUCUCCGUCAAAGUACUCUGAUCUCUUGGAACAAUUUUUUACACUGUUGUAUUCUAUUGUUGCACCUAUGGUAAACCCUUUGAUAUACAGUCUUCGAAAUAAAGAUAUUAAAAAGGGUCUGCUCAGCUUAGUAGGGGUAACAAAAACUGUCCAGUAA